AUGCCUCCCAGGGCAAGCUAUGUCGCGGUGGGCUCAGAGAUAUAUGUGAUUAGUAGUGUUUGUGAUGGCGAUAAGACAUCAACUGUCUUAAGCAUCGACUGUAGAUCUCAUACGGUGCAACCUCUCCCGAGCAUGCCUGUGCCCAUGUCUAGUCUAGUCGCUGACAUCAUCGACGGAAGAAUCUACGUAAUUGGAGAUAGAACAGCUAUGUUCAAUACAGAAACAAAAACGUGGGAGCCUAUCAUGGAGGUCACGGGGGCGUAUGAUUGUGUCGCGAUGGCUGGUAAGUUGUACACGAGGAAAUAUAAGGAUCACUUUGUAUACUUUGUUUACGAUCCAAAGGAAAGAAAAUGUGAAACAGAAGAGGUGCUGAAUUCAAAAUUGUGGAUGGACACGUGUGUGGUUGAUGACGUAUUGUACUACUACGAUGAAGAUGACGAUAGUUUAAAUACGUAUGAUCCAAAGCAGAGGUGUUGGGGAGUGGUGAAAGGUUUGGAAGAAUUGUUGGCUGAGAUGAACGCAUCAUAUACACUUAAGAAUAUUGUGGGUUACAGUGGGAAACUGUAUUUGUUUAUUGAAAAAGAAAAAAAAAAAACAAAAAGAGAUUUUGUGUGCGGAGAUCUCGCUGGCAAAACGUCAAGGAGUAGAUGUUUUGGGUAA